GUGUCAGUGUACAAGCGGAGCCCUGAGGCAGCUGCUCUCUGCAGGUUUGAUGCCCGUUCAGAGCCCCGUUGCUUGCGCUGAAAAUGACCCUGCCUCUCCGCCGUGCAGGAAUGGCCUCUACUGGGAACCUUUCAGAAGAGCAGGUGCACUGCUCCAUAUGUCUGGACGUCUUCACCAACCCUGUAUCCAUCCCCUGUGGACACAACUUCUGCCAGAGCUGCAUCCUGGGAUACUGGAAAACCAGCCCUUUGUACCAGUGUCCUAUGUGUAAGAAGUCUUUCUACAAAAGGCCUGAUAUUAGCGUUAACACGGUUCUGAGGGAGAUCGCAGAGCAGUUCAAGGAGAUCAGGGUUAGAAGUGCGGAGGAAAAGGUGAGCAAGGACAAGGAAGUCGAGGGAGAAAGGAAGUGGAUGAUGGAGAGAAAGAAAAAGGAGGAUGAGGAGAGGCUUUUGGAGAAAGAUCAGAUGCAGCAGGUGCUAGAGGAGCUGAAGCAGAAGCAGGAGCAGGAGAAGAGUAAGAAAGCAGAGAAAAUGCCAUCACAAGAGGAGUUACCACCGUUGAUCCCCCCUGUGCCACCACCCAGAACCUCUCCUCCACGAUCACCCAAAGUCACAGCUCAGGGUCCGCCACUGCCUCCUCUGCCCCAGACAUCACCUCCACCCUCGCCUCAAAUCGCUGCUUCUCCAACACCUCAAACCCCACCUCCACCUCCCUCCUCUUCCCUCCCACCUCUUCUGUGGGAGGAAGUCCUCUGUGAUGUCUGCCUGGGUGACGGCAGGCCAAAAGCAAUCAAAUCCUGCCUCGUGUGUUUGACUUCCUACUGCGAGGAGCACCUGAAGUCUCACUCGUCCAGGUUCACCAAGCACAAGCUGAUGGAGCCCGUUGCCAAUAUGGAGGACAGGAUGUGUCCGAAGCACCAACGGCUUCUGGAGCUGUUCUGUAAGAAGGAUCAGACCUGUGUGUGCGUGCUCUGCACCGAGACGGACCACAGGGCGCACUACACCGUCCCUGUGGAGAGGGAAUGGACAGAGAAAAAGGCGCAGCUGAAGCGGACAGAAAUAGACGUCCAGCAGAUGAUCCAGGACAGAGUGCAGAAGGUGGAGGAGAUCAAACACUCGGUGCAACAAAACAAAGCCAGCGCUCAGAGAGAGGUGGAGGAAAGUGUGCAGGUCUUCUCAGAGCUGGUGCGCUCCAUCCAGAAGACUCAGAGCGAGCUGGUUUUGGCCAUUGAGGAGAAGCAGAGGCAGACGGAGAGGUGGGCUGGAGGCCUCAUCGCUGAACUGGAGCAGGAAAUCGCCGAGCUGAAGAGGAGGAAUACAGAUUUAGAAAAUGUGGCUCGGACCGACCAUAUCCACUUCUUAAAGAGCUACCCAGCCCUCAGCACUCCUCCCUCUGUCAAAGACUGGUCUGAGACCAGUGUUCCCACUGACAUAUGUGUAGGCAUGAUCAGGAGAGCCGUGUCCAAACUGGAGGCAACGUUGAAUGAAAUGAUCGAAAAACUGUCUGAAAGUGAGAUCAAGAAGAUUGCGAAAUAUACAGUGGACGUCACUCUGGACCCUGACACAGCCAACCCGUGGUUGCAGCUUUCUCAGGACAGACGUCAGGUGAGACACCUGGGUGCAUGGCAGGACCUCCCAGACCAUCCUGAGCGUUUCGACACAGUGGUCAUUGUUCUGGGCCGCGAGGGCUUCACCUCAGGGAGACAUUACUGGGAAGUUCAGGUGGGGGACAAGGACGACUGGUACAUGGGUGUGGCCAGGUCUUCCGUCAACAGAAAGGGCAGGAUCUCUGUAAGCACCACCCAGGGAUACUGGGCUCUUGCCAUGAAGAAAGGCCAAGGGUACCGGGUGUCAACAUCUCCGCCAAUAGCUCUGUUCCUCAACCCCAAGCUCAAGCGAGUGGGUGUGUACGUGGACUACGAGGAGGGGCAAGUGUCCUUUUAUGAUGUGAGAGCUUGGACUCAUAUUUACACAUUCAAAGAUAAGUUCAUGGAGAAGAUCUUACCCUUUUUCUACCUGUACUGCUGUGACAAAGCUUCUGAUACCCUCGUGAUUUGUCCCGUGAAUGAAAAAACUGUGAUCAAGCAAAGCUAAGGACAAAGUUUGACAGUAAAAACACUAAAGGUGAAAACUGACUGUGUUUUGUUGUAGCCAAACCUGUUUGGAUGAAAUUCUGUUUUAUGUUUUGUGUAUGUUCAUUAGAUGUAUAACUCAGUUCAACAAAUUAAUGUGUACACAUUACAUAUUCAUGUCAGAUCAUGAAGGUUCCACAAAGCCUUAAAGGGAUAGUUCAACAUUUCAGGAAAUAUGUAUCUUCACUUUCUUUCUGAGGGUUGAGCCUUGUUGCCAUCAAGACAUCUGGUUCAGUUUUUGUUUGUUACACAUUAAAAGAUAUUUUUUGCGUUUCCGUUGUCUAAAGUUGGGGAUGGUACCGAUAGAACUAUUCCAUUCUGAGCCAAGGAAGAGGGCAUACAGCAAGAGCUUGAUGGAGCAGGGACAUGCCCAUUGCUGUUUAGUACUGUUUACUGUCUGUGGUGGAAAUGCAACAGAUCUACAUUUACAUGUCUGUUAGGAUUAUGUAUGGUUCUUAUGUUGUGUUCAACACAAUGAAUUUUCACAUCCCAUUAUUAGCACAAGUUUGAAUACUAGAAUAUUUUGUGUUAACUUGUCACAUGCAUGAAUAACUCAAAUCAUAUGAGCAUGAAAUCGCUGAAUCGAUGAAUGAAAUUCCUCCGGUACAUCCUCAACGGAAUACAUCCUUGGUGAAUCUCAAUGCUGAUUGGCUAUCGCAGUGCAAAUCAGUCUCCAAAGUUACUAUUUUUUGCGCUACUUGCUUCAUUCCUGCAGCUUAAUUCGCUUUGCGUCCAUCACGUCCAUUGCGCUGCCCAGUGGGAAUUUGCGUCUAAUCAUGUUUGUACAUCGACCUGUCAUUUACGUAAUUCACUCACACGAAUUGUUUUAUUUGCACCAGGUGUGAACACAACAUGAUGGUCCUUUACGUGAUGUGUGUGGUAGAAUUGCAGUUUUAGAUAAUCAUUACCACUCUCAUAGCUGUAAACUAAAUCUAGCAGGCAGUUAGCUUAGCUUAGCAUUAAUGGGGGUGUUAUGUUCAAGGAUAUUUCUUCAUGUUUUGUAUGGAUUAAACAAACAUGAUUUGACGUGAUAACUACAUAGACUGUAUAAAAUAAUGGACGUAGCUAGUGUGACAUCAGCCCUUGGUUUGUGGACUGCUGUUUUGAAACCUCAAUUUCGGCAUUUUGGAUGUUGCCAUCUUAGUUUUUUUGUAGCCUGAGGUGACCAUAUUUGAACGAGAGGGCGUAGCCGUGGAGGAGCAAGGGAUGGAUCUGACUCAUCUGAUUUGAUUGGUAGCAAUGCCUCACAGACAGCCUGUCACUCAAAGUGGCCUCACCCUUAAUUACACAUAACUUUAAGCCUUAAUAAAAUGUAAAUGGGGGAGUUAGGUAUAAAUUCUUCCCCCCUGCACAGUUGUCAUGAAUGUUCAACCCGGUCUUACUCCAAAGUCGUUGAAAACCGCCACUUAGUCAGUGGCUUCCGCCAUCAGACAGUGAUGAGAAAGGCCGUUCUUUCACAUCAGCAUGAUAUGUAGCCGUUACCUGUUGUUUAAAGGCACUCGGUGGCGUCAGGAAGAAACGCAGCGGGACAACAACAAAAGAGUUUCCUUUUUUUGUUGCCUAAAGUAAACCAUGUGCAGUUGUUGGUAAAACCUAACCAUAUGGGUUUGUUGUUCAAUGGGAAAAAAAUGUUGAUUUGCAAUGUUGUACUGACGUAGUGCCUUUAUUUUGAAAGAGACUGUAUGUACAAUAAACUGUACAAUGUAUUUUAAAAACAGAUGAUGCAUGUAACAGGCUGAACUUGACACGCCAUCCCAAAACAUCAACAACCAACGUACCCAGGGUACCUUACACGUCUUAUGUGGACGUGAAAAUUCCACCAACCAAACGUUAGUAUGUGACGAGUUCGGAGUGAGAAUGUGUUGGAAUGUUGAAUAGGCCAAAACUUUCUUUUUUUUCACCAGGCUGUAAACACGUUCUGCUUUAAAGUUGGGCAUUUUAACAUGGGCAUCUAUGGGGAUUGACUCACUUGCCUGCCUCAAGUGGCCAUUAGAGGAACUGCAGUUUUUAUCAUGUCCACGUUAGCUUCACUUUUCUGCACUGGAGAAUGCCACAUAAUUCAUGAACUGUAGAGUUGCUAGUGGAUGGAUUUACAACUGGACAGAGCCCGGCUUGCAGUUUCUUCCUGUUUCCGGUCUUCAUUUCAAGCUAAAAAUAUUUACCAUACAGACACAACAGUGGUUUUAAUAUUCUCAUGUAACUCUCAGCAAGAAAGUGAAUAAGCAUAUAUCCUAAAAUAAACUAGUCCUCUUAAUGCAUGACUUUGAAAACAUCAAAACAAAGUGUAGUUUCUAUUUCCCUGAUUUCAUGAUUGCAUGUUGAUUUUUAAUAAAGUGUGAUUGAUGCUGUAAAGGUUGUAUGCUGAGGAGAAGUGUGUUCAUGAUUCAUGACAAUAAAUGUUCUCUCAAACAUU